AUGGCGACUGCAGCACCUUCACCCCUGGCCAGCUCUCCAGCGAAGACAAAUGGAAACAAGCUGAGCAGGCUUCUCAUCGAUGGCGGAACAACGGUGCUGAGGAAUAUUUUCGAUCAUUAUCACCCACCUGGCAACUUGGCUUCUGACCUCAAUUUCAAUUACUCCAUUCUUAACAACCUUUUGCGUAAAAGAGUGCUAAAUGGCCAUCAGUGGGACAAACUCUUCCCCCCUGGUGGAGGGGUGCCAGACUCCAACACAUUUGACAUCACUCUUCUGUUCCUGCUGCUAACUACCAUCUGCGGCUUAUCCAUAUCCCCUCCCCUUACAGGAUGGCACACCAAACCGCCCCCUGGUGAUAACACUCUUGAGGCUAACCUUGCUCGCGUUAAGUUCUUCCGGAAUGAGUUGUAUGGUCACGUGACGUCCACAGGGGUUGAUGCGACAUCUUUCUCCUCCUUCUGGCAUGAAAUAAGCAUUACUCUUCAUUCGCUGGGUUUAGAUCAAGCUGAUAUUGACAGACUGAAGGCAGAGCAUGCAGCAGAGGAAGAUUACCUUGAUGCCUUAAUUGAGUGGGCUGACAGUGAAGAGGACAUAAAAACGCAGCUGAAAGACAUCCACCAGACGCAACUAAAACUCAGUAAAACAGUUGAAGAUGGCAAUUUAAACAUGGAAGAGCUACGUCAAGCCCUAAGCAAAACUCAGGAUGUUGUAGAUGAAGCAGUGGAGAUAGAACUCAAAGGACAUCAAGAAUUGAGGGCAGCACACCGGGAAAGCAUGUCACGUUUAGAGGGAGUGUGUGAGUCCCAAACUAAAACCAGCCAAGCUGUGGACGAAAUUCGUGAAUCAAUCCAAGAAGUAAAACAGGAAGUAAAAGGCUUGACGAAAAAGAAAAGCGAGCACGCAGAUGAAGUGCUUAGGACCCUUGUGAAGUUUGAAUUCAAAGGAGAUAUAGAAUUUCAUGCAAAGAAAUUCCAGGAAGGAACUCGUGAGUGGAUCUUCAAAAGCAUCGAAGACUGGUUAGACGACCGGAGCUCGCCACAUCGCGUGAUGGUAAUCAGUGGAAAUCCAGGGAUGGGAAAGACUGUUAUCUCCGCUGUUGUUUCGCAAAGAAUGCAAAAGGUCGGAAGACUCUCGGGAAGCCACUUUUGUCAGCAUAACAAUUCAAGGUACCGAGAUCCGCGUUUAAUGCUCCAGUCUUUGGCCUGUCACUUGUGUCAAGCGAUGCCAAGUUACAAAGAUACUCUGGAAGAACAGCUGUCAAGAAAUCUGGAAAAGACCUCAACAACAUGGGUGUAG